AUCGCCGCCCCUGGUAAGCGUGCCGUCGUUUCGACCCUCCUCUCUCCUUGGUCCUUCUAGAGCACCCCGACCAUUGUCCUUCGGUCAGAGCGGAUGAAAACGAGCAGCGGCACACCAGCGAGUGGCGAGAUGGACAAGAAUUCUACCCAUCAGCUUGUCCCUCGGCGUGCACUACGAGGCAAGCGAGGUGGCUUGAAAGAUCUACCAGAGAUGCCCGAUGACAUUCUGUUUGAGGUUUUCGUGCUACUUCAUCCCAAAGACCUUCUGAAUUCGGCAAGGACUACCAGGCCACUACGUGCAUUCCUGAUGACCCGAAGAUCUGCUUUCAUCUGGAGAGCUUCACGGACACAGGUUGAUGGACUACCGGACUGCCCGCAGCAUCUAAGCGAACCAGCUUAUGCCAACCUAAUGUUCUUUUCUCACUGUCACAAAUGCUUGAAAGGCAACAACAACUCGGCGCUGUGGGAGUUCGCUGCGCGAUACUGUCAGAGAUGCAGGAAAACCACCACCAUCGAUGAGCGCGAUUUUAGUAUAGAUAUAUCGACAGCAGUGGGAGAGGUCCCCCCAUCGAAGAUCUUCGCUACGAUCCGGUACAGUCAGUCUCGCAGGAGGUUCUACCAUGUGCCGCAACUUCUAGGCUUUAUGGACGCUUGGAACGCUGUGUCGCAGGAUGAGCAGGCAUACCAGUCACUGAUCGACAAGGAGUCAGAGAAAACGAGACAAUUAACAGAUCACGCAGCGGCAUGUCGAAAAUGGCAGUACGAUCAGACCAAAUUGCGAGCGGAGAAAUUAGAUGAAAUCAGGCGUGAACGCUGUAAAGCCAUAAUGUCAAGAUUGCGUGAGGAGGGUUGGGGUGAUGAGUUGGGUGGUAUGUGGACCUUUCGUCGCUCACCAGUGCGUGAGCUGGUGUGGAUUCCAAGGCCGCUUACGGAUCAAGGGUGGAGGAAAAUCCGUAGCGCACUGCACAAUUUUAUGCAAGAGAAGCGGGAUAUGCGGCUCCGAAUGGAGCGACGCUGCACCAUUUCGUCACGGAUAAACACGCUAGAUCGUAUCGCUAACCAACUGCUCUCAACCUCCCCUUGGACAGCGCCCUCCGCAUACGGAUUGUUACCACACGAUCUACCAUUCAUUUCGGGAAUCCAAGAGCUCGUUAAGGCCCCCACAACGGACUUAAUUACUGAAGAGAGGUUCCUUGCCUUAAAGGACGAAGUCACAAGCCAUUUGAUGGAUUGGCAUGAAACGGCUGAAUGUGAACUAGAGCGCUUGCUUCCCAUCUCCUGUGAGCAAGGUGUAGAUGCUCUCGCUCUGGCCGUAGUCUCCUACAAGUGUCGAAAGUGUGCACAGAUACUGUAUUAUCCUUUCGUCCUCGCCCAUCUGUGUCUGCGCACCGAAGCCGAGGAUUCCGAUGUUCGAUGGAAUGUUUUUCUUGAUGGCCAAGCGAGUCCACCCCCAUGGUCAUGCGCCAAUCUCGACUUUUCGCCCAACUUCGAGGAAGUCCGCGAAUUGGUUCGGUUGUGCGAUAAAGAUCCGGACACUACCACUACACUUGACAUGGAGGAAUUAGAUGAAAGGUUCGCCUACUCAUUUAAUGGCAAUGUCGUGGUGGUAACAUGGCGCGCUGCGCUUGAAAUGCUCGUUUCCCGUGAAAUGAAUGCUUCUGCACUCGCAAUAAGAUUAGCUACAGAUUAUGAGAAACGUUUUGCACGAAACGAGGAAGCAAAACGGGAAAAUUGUUUGGACGAGCUAGCAAAAGAGAAGCCAUUCUGGUGCUGCUCUUUGUGCCCUCCCGGCAAGGAUAACUUAGGCACCAGGAUCAAUGCCCUCGGACACGUGAAUUUUCGACAUGGCUCGAACAAAGAAUCAAGAACUGUGUACCUUCAUUUAAGUGGCGGGCCGAUUAUACUCCGAUCGGUCUUGGUGCCUCGUAUCUUCCUUUGUUCCAGCGAUAUUCAUCCAGCGCGGCGCUCCAGCCUAGACUUGCCUCCUGUGACGGUAUUGAUUCAUACCAGUACUUUUAAUGCUAUCCAGGCAUCACAAUCACCUUUUGGUUACACCAUGGAACUUUCAAAGGCGCACAAUUUUGAUUUUCUGGCACGAACGCUUUGAUUUUGGAAUGUCAUAUCGCUUAGAUAUCAAUGGAAAUGCGUAUGUCUUCGAGGCUCACUGGAUUAUGAUUUUCCAUACGGCAACACUUAUCAUCAUGGAGAAUGUCUAGAUUUACAGAAGUGCUGGGAUGCUUGAUGAAGGUUAAUGACUAACAGAUGGAGCGCCAAGAAUUUGAGCAGUUGCUUGUCUGGCACCAUGAUAGGCACUGGAUAUUGUUUCACCAGCCCGUAUCGUGCAGCGGACUCAU